AUGUACGCUGGACGCCGUCCGGAUAAGGUUGACCCGCGUGACACACGUGUGGCGAGCUGGACGCACUGCCAUCUGUCAGGCGAGCCGCUGACUCCUCCUUGUGUGGUGGAUUUUCUGGGAAGCGUAUUUAAUAAGGAAGCUGUGGUUCGCGCCUUAGUGGAGAAGAGCAUUCCCGUUGCACUGAAGCACAUCAAGGGGUUGAGGGAUGUCGUUGGGAUUCAGCUGACGGAGAUUCCAGGGCUUGACAAGAAGGCUCAUGUCAGGUUCCUUUGUCCGAUCACUCAGCAGGAGUUUAGUGGCAGCUUCAAGUUUGUCGCCCUUCGCCCCUGUGGACAUGUGCUAAGUGCUCGUGCACUGAAGGAGCUGCCUUCCCCAACGUGUCUCGUCUGUCAUGCCAAGUUUCUGGAAUCAGAUCGGAUCCCGAUUAACGGUACUGAGGAGGAGGUGGAGGCUUUGCGCACUCGGAUGGAGGAAGAACAAGCUUCCAGACGUGCUGGAAAGAAGAAAAAAGCCGCUCCUGUUUCUCAGGUUGAUGUGGUCGCCACAGGGAAUGAGCUAAAAGGAGCUGCAGUGGAGGAUGUUGAUGGCGUGGCGGUGGUGGAUGUCAGAGAAAAGAGCCUCGAGAAGAAAAGCAUUGCAGCAGGGGUGACAGCAGGCGGUAGUCAAAGUCCCGAUGACAAGGCAAUCGCUGCAGGGGGGUUGGUUGACAAGCACGGAGUCAAAAGGAAAGCAGCAGAAGGACCGGCAGCAGGAAUGAAGAACGCGUCAGAAGUGUCUGCCAAUAAAGCAAGACCAAAGGGGUCGGAUUUGGUUCAAGUCAAGCAGCAUUUUAAAGCAGUGGACAGGUUGCCAACUGGUGCCAGCAAAGAUGUUUACGCAUCAAUCUUCACUUCGUCGCGAAAAGAAGAUCUGAAGGAGACCUACUCUUGCAGGUCGUUGCCCCUUGGGAGGAACUGA